GCUGCUGGGUUCAGUUGUCGGUUCUGCUCCCUAGCGUUAGUCACCGUUGGGAUGCUGCUUAUGGCGGCUUUCCCAUCCCGGCUUUCCCUUGUGUGCCUGCUGCUCGUCUCCUCGGUUCUUUUGAACCUGUGUUCAGGAACACCGGCUUCGGCCCCGGAAACUGAGGCGAAUGAGUCCGACAGCUCGAGAACUUAUCACAGUAACAAGAGCAGCAAGGCCUUCCCGGUGGUGACCGUCGACUUCGGUCAUGUCAGGUCCCCGUUCGUUGUGGCGCUGUGGAUCCUGUUGGCCUCCGUCCUGAAACUAGGUUUUCACUUCCUCCCAAAGCUAUCUACAAUUGUCCCAGAGAGCUGCCUGUUGGUGUGUGUGGGUCUGAUAGUGGGUGGUCUCCUAAAGGCUGUGGGAGAAAAUCCACCCAUUUUGAAAGCGGAUGUAUUCUUUUUUUAUCUCCUUCCACCCAUCAUUCUGGAUGCUGGCUACUUCUUACCAAUUCGGCCUUUCAGCGAGAACCUGGGAACCAUCCUAAGCUUUGCUGUGCUUGGGACUCUCUGGAAUGCUGCCUUUGUUGGGUUACUGCUGUACGCGGUGUGCCAGAUCCAGGGCUCUGGACUGCAACACAUCACCCUACUGCCUAAUCUGCUGUUUGGCAGCAUCAUCUCUGCUGUGGACCCUGUGGCUGUGCUAGCUGUAUUUGAAGAGAUUCACAUCAAUGAAUUGUUGCACAUCCUGGUGUUCGGAGAGUCUCUACUCAAUGAUGCAGUUACUGUGGUGCUGUAUCACCUCCUUGAGGAAUUUGCCAAUGAUGCAGAAAUUGGUGCUAAGGACAUUAUCCUGGGAAUCCUGUCCUUCUUCGUGGUGGCUCUUGGAGGCGUCUUUGUUGGGAUUUUCUAUGGACUCAUCGCUGCCUUCACCUCUCGCUUUACAUCACGUAUUCGUGUUAUCGAACCUCUUUUCGUUUUCCUCUACAGCUACAUGGCUUACUUAUGUUCGGAGAUCUUCCAUCUCUCAGGAAUCAUGGCGCUCAUUGCCUGUGGAGUGAUCAUGCGUCCUUAUGUGGAGGCAAACAUCUCUCAUAAGUCUCACACCACUAUUAAGUAUUUCCUAAAGAUGUGGAGCAGUGUGAGUGAGACACUCAUCUUUAUCUUCUUGGGUGUUUCCACACUUGCUGGUGAGCACCAGUGGAAUUGGAUCUUCAUAAGCUGCACGCUGAUGUUCUGCUUGAUUGGUCGAGUCCUAGGUGUCCUGGGUCUCACUUUAAUACUUAACAGAUUUCGCAUUGUGAAACUCACCCCUAAGGACCAGUUUAUAAUUUCUUAUGGGGGACUGCGAGGAGCCAUCGCCUUUUCACUUGGAUAUCUGUUACAUGACUCUUUCCCUCGAACUUUGUUCCUCACUGCCAUUAUCACAGUUAUAUUCUUCACUGUCUUUGUUCAGGGGAUGACUAUUCGACCAUUGGUGGAAUUGCUCGCCGUGAAGAAGAAGCAAGAUUCCAAACGUUCCAUCAAUGAGGAAAUCCACACACAGUUCCUGGAUCAUUUACUGACUGGUAUUGAAGAUGUAUGUGGACACUAUGGACAUCACCACUGGAAGGACAAGCUGAACCGCUUUAAUAAAAAGUACGUUAAGAAAUGUUUAAUUACUGGGGAAAGAUCGAAAGAGCCACAGCUGAUCGCAUUUUACCACAAAAUGGAAAUGAAAAAUGCAAUCGAGAUGGUUGUAAGUGGUGGCCUACCCAAGCUUCCGUCAUCAGUGUCUAUACAGCAUGUCCAGAGGAAGGAUACACUUACGGAACGACUACUGCCUACACUUUCAAAAGAAAGAGAAGAGGAAGUCCGAAAAAUACUUCGUGAGAAUCUCCAGAAAACAAGACAACGGCUUCGAUCCUACAAUAGACAUACACUGAUCGCCGAUCCUUAUGAGGACCAGUGGAAUCAAAUAUUACUAAAACGGCAGAGGUUGCGCAGUUUAGAUCCACGGAUGUCUGCUUACCUUACGGUUCCAUCCGGUGGCCGUGGCUCCCCACCUGGGCAGAAGCCAGUUGAUUCAGAUGCCACAUAUUUUGAGCCCAGGGAUCCUACAAGUGAUUUGCCAUCAAUCACCAUUGACCUGGCCUCUCCAUUCUCCAAGGAGUCUGUUGAGAAUCAGAACAAGGAUGCAGUACCUGGAGAGGACAAAGGAAUUGUGUUCUCUGCAAAAAAUUCCACUAAUGACGAAGAUGGUUCACCCAGUCAGCGUAUGCAACGCUUUGUUAGUGACCCUGGACCAGGUGCCAAAUCUAAUGACUUCCAGUCAUAAAGUCACAUGAGACAGAGGAAGCUGCAAAAUUUCCAGCUUCUGCCAACGUCAUUCAUGGUCCUGAACUCUGCCUGCAACCUGUUUCUCGAAGUGUGUUUUCUGGGAAUAAGAUCUCUUUCCCCUUGAUCCUUGCUGUUAGACUCUGAUGUCUCACAGAAUAGUAUAAGUACUGAGCUACAGUGAGGCAUCUGAAAUUUUGUUGAUAUUAAGAUUUUUUUAAUUUCAUUAGCAAAAGCACAACAGAUAUUAGCGUUGCUGUGUGUUGUAGCUCCACUGCCUGGACUACACUGCUGACAGUAUUUCAAUGUCUGGGAUGUGGUGUUUGCUAAGUACUAGGUCCAGAUGCAGUUACCUGUUAGAUACGAUACCAUCAGGUCCUGCAGCUCAAGGGAACACAAGCUUAUAUAACACUUGGGGAAACAGGUUCUGAUUGAGAAGUCAGGGAGAGCGCAUACAUUCAAUACUUGACUCAAAACCAAAGAUGAACUUUAUUUUUCUAGCUGUUAUCAGGGGCUAUUUUACAUCAGGCUGUAAUUAAGUGACUCCAUUUUGUGUUAUAUUUCCAAAUGUAAUCAAAAGAAAAUCACUGCUGUAUGUUCAGAGACCCCGUACAAAACAAAAACUGUCUAACUGAUGACAGCAUUUCAAACCUGCGGACUGCACUAAAAUCCAGAAUAGCAAUAUGGACUUGGCACAGUGGCUCCCCCAGCAAAGAUCCAUUCCAGCUGAGCCUCACGUCAGCCAUCUCUCCUAGCCUGGCCUCCGACCAAACACUACCCCCCAGCCAAACUGUGCAGCCAUAAUUUCAAAUCUUGAAAUUAAAGAGGCACAGAGAAGAGAUGGAGAGGUGUAGGCCUUUGUGGUGGAGAGCAAGAAAAAAGGCAGUGUGGUGAGUGGGGGAACAAAGUGCUGAGUCAGUAACUGAUAAAAGAGGCUUCUGGUUUGUAAAUUAUAUUAAAUGAGCUUGAAACACAGCAGCGCUAACACCAGUACAUUACACUUAUACAUGUUUUGAGGGUGGGGCUCAUUUAACCUCCGAUAUUAACUUAUUGUUACCCUGUUUUGCUGCUGUAAACCCAGAACACGAUAUCUAUGGAAACUGGCAGCCAGUCAGCGGAGUAAGGUCACAAGAAUGAUGGGUGUGUGCUGGUAUUGUCAAAUGAUUCGCUGCUUUAACUAAUUGCCAUUAAGUAAAUUCAUUUUUGCACUUUCUGUUUCAAAUAACUUGCUUAUGUAAGGCACAGCACUCUAAAGAAAACCUAUUUGAAUGUGUUUACGUGCUUCAUGCUGUUCGGAGUAUGUUGAGAGUCACUGCAACACUGAGAUAUUAAUAUUUUUAUGUUUUUCAGAUUUUGUAUAUGUGUUGUAAAGGGUUGAGGCUAUUUGAUUUUUUUCUGUUUAUUAUGGUGUCCAUGCAGUAUCAACAUUGCACUGUUCCCAUGUCUCACCUGAGAAUGCAGCUGAACUCCUGGGCGUGCUCAGUUUAUUCAUGAUGGAUGCAGACAGUUAAGAGAACACUGUGCCAUGAUGCCUCAUUCAAUGUUUUAUCUCGAUUUGGAUCAAGCUCUAAAGGAAGAGGAAGGGCAGAAUGAAAUCACAGUUGCUGCAGCAGUCUGUUGAUCUUGAAUGAAUUGUGGCAUGAAUGGCUGCAAUUAUGCAAUGGUUGGGAGCCAAUCAGCUCCAUCCCAGCUGCCUUCUCAAAUGUGAUUCAACAAGUUCAGCCAACUAACCACAAUCAAAUUUCGGUGUCGUGCUGAAAUUUAAUCAUCUGGAAAAAGUUUCCUUCUUUUGUUCAUCCACAUGUUUGCAGCAUUUCUCUCUCUUGAGUAUCUCACAUUCCCGGCUCAUUCAGUGCAAAUGGCAUUCCUGUACCAAGCCACUGGUUUCAUCAUUUUUAAUAAUGUGUACAUAACUGGGAUACUACCAAUUAUUAAUAAAAUUAUAUAAAUUCUUUCA